AACAUGUUGUACUGAUAAAUACAGUUUAUUUGUUAGGUAUAGGAAAUGAAUUAAUUUUAAAAAGAAAAGUCUUUUUAUGUACAAGGACUUCCUUUUUAUUAUUUCUACUUAAAACACAUUUUUGUUUGAAUCUAUAGAUGCUGACUUCUUAGAAUGAGGCAGCUCCUGUAAAGGAAAAAAGUAUAUCUCAUAUCUAGAAAUUCAUCUUUGUUGAGGAUAUCCUUGAUGAGACAUUAUCAGAAUUGCAGGACAAACAGAUACUAAAAGUACUGGCCAUUUUCUGAAAGCUCUUGAACAUGACAAAGUUCCAGAACUAAUGUGGCAAGCAUAUGAUUGGCAUCAGGAAGAUAUUAAGAAAGAUGAACCUUUGAAGAUAGACUGUGAAAAUAAUGCAUUGGGAAAAAUAUUUUCUUGGAGUGCAAGCUUUGUUCCCUUCAGAGACAGAUCCCAUAAAUGUGACUCAAGAGGAGUAAGUUUGAAACAGAAUUUAUAUUCAAAUUUUCAGAGUAAAAGCCAUGCAAAAAUGAACUCUGAUGAAUUAAACAGUCAUGGGAAAUCACUUUUCUGCACCAUACUUGAAACCUUCCACUCUCAAGGCCAGUACUGUGAGCAUAAUUUAUGUGUAAAGGCUUUCAGUGUAGUGACAAAUUUUACAAGACAUCACAGAAUUCACACAGAAAGGAAACCUUAUGAAUGCAGUGAAUGUUCAAAAUCCUUUCAGUAUAAGUCACAGCUUAUCAUAUACCAGAGAACUCAUACAGGAGAGAAGCCAUAUCGGUGCAGUGAAUGUCAGAGAGCUUUCAGUACAAAAUGUCAUCUCACUCUGCACCAGAGAACUCAUACAGGAGAGAAACCAUAUGGAUGUGCUGAGUGUCAGAAAGCCUUCAGAACAAAGUAUCAUCUCAUUCUACACCAGAGGAUUCAUAAAGGAGAAAAACCCUACGAAGGCAAAGAAUUUGGAAAGGCUUACAGGGAGAAGGCAACACUCAGAUUACAUUACAGAGUGCAUACAGGAGAGAAAGAUUUCAAGUGUAGUGAUUGUGAAAAAUGUUUUAUGCAGAAGUCAAACCCAAUUAUCCAUCAAAGAAUUCAUACAGGAGAUAAACCCUAUUGAUGUAGAGAAUGUGAAAAGGCCUUCUGUAGUAAAUCUCAGCUUGUUGUUCACCAGCGAAUUCAUGUAGGAGAAAAAUCCUGUGAAUGCAAGGAAUGUGGGAAAGGCUUUAAUAAAAACACAAACCUCAUAACACAUCAAAGAAUUCACACAGGAGAAAAACCUUAUGAAUGCACUGAAUGUGGGAAAGCUUUUAUACACACAUCACAGCUUACUGUACAUCAGAGAAAUCAUACAGGAAGAAAACCUCAUGAAUCCAAGGAAUGAGGGAAAUCCUUUAAUAAAAAGUCACUUCAUAAUAUCGAGAAUUCAUACAGGAAAGAAACCUUAUGAAUGCAGUGAAUGUGGGAAAGCUUUUAUAGACAACUCACAGCUUACUGUUCAUCGAAGAAUGCAUAUAGGAGAAAAACCUUAUGAAUGCAGGGAAUGUAGGAAAGCCUUUAAUAAAGAGUUGUCCCUCGGCCGGGCGCGGUGGCUCAAGCCUGUAAUCCCAGCACUUUGGGAGGCCGAGACGGGCGGAUCACGAGGUCAGGAGAUCGAGACCAUCCUGGCUAACCCGGUGAAACCCCGUC